AAUGGUUCAUUCCAUCCAUCGAAUGGUACGUUUUUUACCCGGGUAGCCAACGCAGAAACUGUGCCAGGAAAUGUUCAUAUUUUAUCAUUUAAUUUCCCACUUGAGGUUUGAUGGACCUAUGGAAUGUCAGUAUAAAAGGUAUUCCUCGAAAUCAGGACAUAAGGCACAAUGAAGUUCCCAACGGUGAUUUUAGUCCUUCUUGUGUUAUCGAAGUCGGUCGUUACUACAAACUAUGAUCUCAUUACGGCCACAUCGAAUUUGAUUGAACACCUCCAACUGCCGGUUCAGGUUACGGUUCUAUCAUGUUGGAGCGAAAGUGAAAAACUGCAAUUUUGGUCGGGACUAAAUUCAUUCACUAGUGUUCGAUUUUUCACCGAAAACCAAGUGAAUCUUCCCUGGAACGAUCGCAAUCAACAUCAGAACUUAUUGGUGAUUGACGCAGGUUGUUCCAAAUCGAAAAACUUGCUGCGAUCAGCUGGUCAGCUGUUGUACUACCGAGUUAAGUGGAUUAUAAUAAAUAACAAAACUUCGAAGUGCGAACAAUUCCUGAAGUUUUUUGAUAAUCUUCAAGUGUUGAUUAGCAGUGAAGUUUACUAUAUCUGUGAAGAAAAUGGCGUACAAGGCUUCGCAAUCAAACAAGUUUAUCGUCUAUCACUUACAACUGAACUGAUCGAGGAAACGUUUGGUUUCUGGAAUAAAGGUGUGAUUGUAAACUCACAGUUCUCCAAGUAUUCCUCCGUUCGCCGGCAUAACUUGAAUCACUACAAGUUGCGUGCAUCGAUAGUGAUCACCCACAACGAAACUGUUAACCACCUGGAAGACUACAGUGAGAAACAUGUGGACGCAGUCACCAAAUCGAACUACUUUCUGACGAAACACGUGGCCCAAGACUUGAACGCCACCCUCAAGUUCAGCUACGUCAACACGUGGGGCUAUCGUAAUCCUGAGACAGGUAAAUUCAGCGGAAUGAUAGGUGAACUGCAGAGUGAUCUGGCGGAUCUGGGCGGCACGGCACUGUUCCUAACAGCGGAUCGUAUCAAAGAGAUCGAUUACCUCUCGAUGACCACUCCCACCUCGGUCAAAUUCAUAUUUCGUUCUCCGAAGUUAUCAUUCACGGACAACGUGUUUCUGCUUCCGUUCAGCGCAACGGUUUGGGUUUGCAUCAUCAGCUUCAUUGUGCUCUCCGGAGUUCUUCUGUUGAUCAUUAUGAAGGUCGAGCUGCGAUGCACCAGAGUUCGCUACCAGAACAUUGUCCGACCAAAUUUGAUAGAUACGGUGAUGAACAUGUUCGGGGCCUUGUGCCAGCAAGGAUCUUAUGUGGAACCAAAAUCGCUUCCUUCUAAAUGUUUGAUUCUGUUGAGCUUGAUCAUCCUGAUGUUUUUGUAUGCCAGCUAUUCGGCCAACAUUGUUGCGUUGAUUCAGUCGCCGUCGAACAAGAUCAAGACGUUGGAGGAUCUAUUGAACUCGCGACUGGAGGCCGGAGCUGAAGACACCGUCUACAAUCGGUACUAUUUCAUGCAUGAAACGGAACCGGUACGUAAAGCAAUCUACGAUCGGAAGAUGAAACAUCGCGAUGGAAGUGACUCCACUUUUAUAACGUUGCAAAAGGGCGUUGAAAAGGUUCGUCAAGGACAGUACGCGUUUCACGUCGAAUUGGGAGUUUGCUAUAAGGUCAUUAGCGAAACCUUCCAGGAGGACGAAAAGUGCGGUUUGCAGGAAAUCGAAUACCUGAACAUCGUGGAUACGUAUUACGCCGUGCAGAAGAACUCCUCCUUCCGGGAGCUGGUCCGGCUUAGUCUGUUCAAGUUGCGGGAGUUUGGCAUUCAGCAUCGUGAAUACUGGAUGCUGUACACGCGAAAACCGACCUGCAGUGGCGGCAGCAGCUUCAUUCCGGUAUCGAUUGUGGACGUUUGGCCUGCACUGACUUUGCUGAUGUCGGGUUUUGGCAUCGCCGGGGGCCUGCUGGUAGGGGAGAUCAUCUGGGCACGAGUAAGAACGAAACGAAAUCAGGCGAAGGUGGGUGAUUAUUUCGGAUAAUGGAUUGAGAUUAAAACAAUAGGAAGUAAGAAUCAAAUUUACAUUUUGUAUUUGGAUUGAUUUACUAAAACGAAUCGAUUCGAGUUCAAUCUCGUGACUACUAAUAAAAUACAAUUCGGUUCGCGCUUCGCGUGACGAUCGGCACUUGAAUGAUUUGUAGGUUUAUAACACAUACCAGUCUUGCUUUGAUUACACCUACAAACUUAUUAAUAAACUAAAAUCGGAAAAAUAAGGGAAGACGGAUGUGUCGAAUGUCUAACGAAUCAAAGU